AUGGCAGGCGAAAAACGAAACUUGCUGGUUAUAGGGAAGGCGAAAAAACCAAGGUGUUUCAAGAAUGUAAAAACUUUGCCAGUUGAUUACGAAGCCAACAAAAAAGCGUGGACGCCAUCGGAGAUUUUUGAAAAAGUUUUACGGAAAUGGGACUCUCAGCUAAGAGGAAACAAAAAGAAUAUCAUUUUAUUUGUUGACAAUUGUCCAACUCACCCACAAAUUCAAAAUUUGACUAACAUAAAACUGGCAUUCUUAGCACCAAACACCACAUCAGUUAUUCAGCCUAUUGAUCAAGGUAUAAUUAAGACUAAAAGCCAACCUAAAGCUGGAGAAAAGUAG